GGGGCGUGGGCGGGGCGUGGGCGGGACCGGCGGUAGGCUGCUGAUGCAGUGUUGGUGUUGGUGGGAUCAAAGCUUAGUGUCCUGAGGUGCGGAGCUUGGAACGGUACGCGAAGAAAAGUGACCAUGGACAACAACGAAACCUCCGUGGAUUCAAAAUCCAUUAAUAAUUUUGAAACAAAGACUAUCCAUGGAAGCAAGUCGAUGGACUCUGGAAUAUAUCUGGACAGCAGUUACAAAAUGGAUUACCCUGAAAUGGGCUUGUGUAUAAUAAUUAAUAAUAAGAACUUCCAUAAAAGCACUGGAAUGUCAGCUCGCAAUGGUACCGAUGUCGAUGCAGCUAACCUCAGAGAGACAUUCAUGGCCCUGAAAUACGAAGUCAGGAAUAAAAAUGACCUUACUCGUGAAGAAAUUAUGGAAUUGAUGGAUAGUGUUUCUAAGGAAGAUCACAGCAAAAGGAGCAGUUUUGUGUGUGUGAUUCUAAGUCAUGGAGAUGAAGGAGUAAUUUUUGGAACGAACGGACCUGUGGACCUGAAAAAACUAACUAGUUUCUUCAGAGGCGACUACUGCCGGAGUCUGACUGGAAAGCCGAAACUCUUCAUCAUUCAGGCCUGCCGAGGUACAGAGCUGGACUGCGGUAUUGAGACAGACAGUGGAACUGACGAUGAUAUGGCAUGCCAGAAGAUACCAGUGGAGGCCGACUUCCUGUAUGCUUACUCUACCGCACCCGGUUACUAUUCCUGGAGAAAUUCAAGGGACGGGUCAUGGUUCAUCCAGUCACUUUGCGCCAUGCUGAAACUGUACGCGCACAAGCUGGAAUUCAUGCACAUCCUCACUCGUGUUAACCGGAAGGUGGCCACGGAAUUUGAGUCCUUCUCCCUGGACGCCACUUUCCAUGCAAAGAAACAGAUCCCGUGUAUUGUGUCAAUGCUCACAAAAGAACUGUACUUUUAUCACUAAAGGAAUGACUGGGAGUGGGGUAGGGGCAUGUUUCUGUUUUGGUUUUUUUUUUUGGUUUUUGUUUUUUGUUUUUUUUUUUUUAUUUGAAUGCCAAAUGAGAAAACUGUCAGGGAGACUUUUUUUUUCCCCUCUCAUUUAAAUCAAAUCCGAUGUUCCAGGUCGUCAUUGAACAAUACCACUGCCUGCAAUGCAGCCACAAUACAAUACCUCAGCUUUGAUAUCAGGUAGUUGAAAUGAAAUUUAAUUAGGAACAAAUAAAUGUCAAUAAUGGUACAACCAUCAUAGAAGAAAUUGGAAAGUCACACUUUGGUAAUUAGAGAGAUUUGGUGCCACUAUGAAUUUGAAAUUACGAAGCAGUGAUGAUCUUAUACCCCCUCCUCACAUCUAGAAUGUCACUUUAGUUUUCGUUAAGCAUAGGAACGAUAAUGUCAAGUGGUAUGUCUUAGAACUUGAAUCCACGAGCAGAGUCAAAGGCUGGUUUUGGAACUGAUCUGUGGAAAUGAAGAGUUGGAGCACUGUAGCACACAUUAUAGCUACUGGUUUUGUGACAGUUGACCAGGUCACAUAUUUAUUAUUUAAGACAAAAGUCGUGUUUUAUUAUUGGAACAAAAAUAACUUUAUAUGAGAGGAAAACCAUGUGUGAACUUGGUUGGCUUGUUGAAGGCUACCAUCCUUCAGUGGUGGACAUGACGACAGGGUGCUACGAUCCACCAGCAUUUGUUUCUUACUUAUUCUUAUGCAAAUCAGCCUAAUUUUACAGACCAGCAAAAUAUCUAAAGAGCGAUUAUGCAGCAGCCUCAAAUUGUUGACUAUUAGAAUGGAAUAAAGGAAUUCUACAGGAACAGACCAUAAUACCAGCUGUCAGUCAGAGCGUAAGGAAAGGAGAGGUGGCAUCUCCUGUGAUUGGAGAGAAGAUGGUUUGAGCCGGAGCAGAGCCAUGGGCACGUCUUCAGAAAAGGCCUGCUAGUUGGACCCACCUUGUGAGCACUGGUCUGUGUGGAUGAUGUCCAAGUUACCACAUGAGACUGAACCAGAUCAGAAGCUCCUGCAAAAAGGCUUUCCCAGAGUGCUGAGCAUCUCAAGAAAGUUCACUGGACUCCAUGUACAGAGUCUGUAGCAUGCUGACUUUUCUGUUGAAGUUUACAAUGAAAGGAAAAUGAUGGUGAUAUUUGUACCGUCACUAGAAAUGAAGGGCCCUGGCACACGGGACUUGGAAAGCAUCCAGCAAUAGGCCCUGCAGCCCAUGUGGAGGAGCUGCAGACUGGAGUCCACCCCUCCUCCCCAUCAGGGCGUCUGUGCUCCAGGCUUCCUUAAUCAUGGAGGUGCUGAGUCAUCGCUGGCUCUCCCUGUGGGUCCAGCAUUUCCCAUAAGCCUCCUUAUUGCACAAAGAAAGGAAGGAACUCACAUUAUAACUGAUAGUAGGUUCUUGUUUAGACUGGAUUUACUGUUAACUCUUUUCUAAGUAAAUACAGCAUGUGGUGGUAUUUUAAAAUGUGUUCCCAUGUGACAAUUUUAUAAAAGUCAGAUAUCUUGCAUUUUUAUUUCAAAACAUAAAUUCAGAUUUAAAAUUA